AUGCCUUUUCCACCCAUCAGCCUCCACCAGCGGAUCUCAUCGCCUGGCAGGGAACUAUUCGGGAAAAAGAAAGCCAACGGAGUGCCUCCUGAGCAAACCAGCAAAUCCUGCGGAGAGAGAGGGGGGUCGGAUAAGGAGAAACAACCCACAUCUUGGGCAUCGGCGAAUUUAAGGAACUUGGGGCGAAAACCCCAGCAGGACAAAAAUAAAAGCCCCACUCAGAAGCCCGGUGCCGGGCAAGAGACCCAGGGAAAGUCUUCGUGGUUGAUGGUGCCGAAACCUCAGGAUUCAUCUGAAGGAGUCAGGCGCUCCAGCUCCAUGGACUCCACGAGACAACUCAAUGGAAAAGAGGAAGGGAAGAAGGAAAUUCAAUUUACACUCAGUCUCACCCCCGAAGCCAUUCUUGUCAUCCAAAAACGGAAUCUAGAAAAACAAAUGAUGGCAAAGCAACAAAAGUGUUGCGCCGGCACCGAUUUUCGGCACCGGCGAGUUUUUCCAUCCAAAAAGACGCACGGGGGGUCCAAGGGCUGCGCGCCGGCCGCCAAAGCAGAGAGCGCGGAGCAGGACAUCACCGCCAUCGUUAAAAUAUCUCUGCUGAAUGACCAAUACAAGUACGAUGAUGUGGAGUAUGAAGACGAGGACGGGGAUGUGGAUGAGACUGUUGUAAGGAAAUGCAAAGAGUGGCUAAAAGGGGUCGAAAAUGCCGCUGCUUUGGGAAAAGUCGACAAACUUUCCGCACUUCCGCACCUCAAAGGCUGCUGA